ACUGAUCCAUUUACUCCUGAUUGGCUGAUUGACUAGUUGUCGCUUCUCUCUCCUUGAGACUAGUUUAAACCAUACUCACUUAAUUGUUGCUAGUUCAUCGUUUUAAAAUAUUCAAUAUUUUUAUCAAUAUAUAAAUAUAUAUUAGUAACUUUCUCAUCAACAACCAUUUGUAAUACUGAAAAUUAUGAAUCAAAACAACGAAUGCAUCAACUUGAAUGAAAUAAACGGCAAGUUUACAGAAGAAGUGUUAACAAACAUCCUUUUUGAGGCAUGUAACAGGAAAGAAGUGCAAUUGACAGACUGGAAUUUUAAUGAGGGAUCUGCUAAAGGCGACAAUUAUUUGUCAAACAUUUAUAGGGGCAAAGUAAAUGGUAUCAUCAAUGAUAAUCCAAGGAAACAAGUGCAAGUGAAUAUUAUUGUGAAGUCAAUGCCAAAAAAUCCUGCCACAAGAAAGACUCUCAGAUGCGCAGAGUUUUUCCGUAAUGAAAUUGCUUUUUAUACAGAAAUUGUCCCUAAAUUUAUAAACUUUUUAGCAGAGAAGGGACAGAGCGAUUUCUUAUGUAUACCACGUCACAUAAGCUCUUUCACGGAUGACGAAAACGAUUUUCUGGUCUUGGAAGAUGUUUCUUGCUUAGGAUUUUCUACGGCAUCGCGACAAAAUUGCUUAGACUGGGCAGAAUGUACAGCAAUCUUGAAGACCCUGGCUAAAUUUCAUGCAAUUUCAUUCGCGUACAAAGAUCAAAGGAAAGAAGAAUUCAUAGAAAUUACAGAUUCUUUAAAAGAAACCUUCUAUGGCAGUAAUCAUUGGAACUGGUACAAAAAUUGGCACAAAAAAUUACAAGACGUAAUUAAACAUGCAAUAGCUACCGAAUAUCCCAAUAGUGAAGCUGAGAAAAAGUACAAUUCUUACGAAUUCGGUGUUCUCUUCAAUAAGUGCAAAGAAUUAUGCGACAGAAGAUACGCGCCUACAUCUAUUGUAAUCGAGGGUGAUUGUUGGGCUCCAAAUUUUUUAAUCCGGAAUGUUGGAGAAAAUCAAAAGGAAGCAUUAAUACUCGACUUUCAAAUUGCACGUUGUGCCAGUCCUAUCUUGGAUUUAUCGUUCUUGAUUUAUUCUUGCACUGUAAAGUCAUUUCGUGAUCAGUACUUUGAUGAUACGUUAAAAAUUUAUUAUUCAGAAUUGAGCAAUGCUAUUAAAUUACUUGGAUCUGAUCCAGACAAAAUUUAUCCAUUGAAUUUAUUUAUGCAGGAGGUAAAGGAGCAAUUUAUUUUUGGUGUGAUUCUUGCGCUUGAAGCUAUUCCAAUCAUGUUACUGGAUGCAUCUGAAUCAUUCAACAUAAAUACUGUUGUUCAGGGUAACGAGGCAGUAGAUUUGAGUGAAGCAGUAUCUUUAUCAAAUAUUGCAACAGCAAAUGGUAGACAAAGAGUAGCAGAUGUGAUAGUACAUGCUUUUGAAAAAGGAUAUAUAUGAUAUAAAUUUAUAUAAAAUUACUUGUUAAAAUAUAA